UCCAGGAUUUCCAAUUUACGAUGAUUGCGUUGCCUAUCACGAGAAUAGAUGGUAAGUGUGUUGUAGCUUUUCUUUGUUGAAUUGCAUUAACAUGCACCGUUCCUACGGGGAGCACGUACGUAAGCUUAUGCCGGUGCGUGUAGGCUACAUCUAUACAUGAAUGUAAGUAAUAUAGUAUGGUAUCGACUCCAAUUAGCAAAAAAAACAUGGACGAAUGAGUUGUUACCAAAUUCGAAGAAAUCCGAAGGACAAGUGCAUUUGGACGACAAAUCACGAGUGUAUGUUGUCCCAAAUUGCGCGAGAAACCAUUACUGACGAAAAAAAUUACAUGUUUCGCUGGAUAACAACUGUGAACUCAUCUGUGCCGUUUAACCAUUGUUUGUACGUUAGCAAACAUUUCUGUCAUUAUGAGCUCUAUGCGCUUAAAUUGUUAUAUGCAAACACGCAGGAUAUUCCAUUGAAACUGUUCCAGAAUUCGUCAUAAAAUUGCAAAUUUAUUUUCCUAACUGCCGCCAUGCUGACUUUUUCUGCUUCGUUUGCAGGAUCACCCUGCUAAUUGCACUGCAAUAAUUGCACAGUGCGAAAUUUCAAAAAUUAUUGCACUGCUCUUAGCCAAUCAGAAAUAAGUAUUUUUUUCAAGAAUACUGAUUAGUAUAGGAAUUACUCGGGUCAAGAAGUAUUAAUUAAAAAUCGCACGCGUGUUUGGCGAAAUAGUUGCACCAUCGGUAUAUUACAAAUAGUUCGCAAACAUGCACAAUAAUAGUCUGAUUUUUCAUUAAUACUUCGAGAACAGGUCCAAUUUGUUUUUAAUAUUUUAGUUAGUUUUAAAAGCUAGUACUUAAUGACAAGAAAAAUGCAUUAAUGAUUCAACGGAGCACAGCUGGACGUGCCUUUGUGAUCAAUUUUAAUUAAGAGUAAUUUUCGGACAUUAAUUUUCAAUUCAUGUCCGUAAAAUCAGGGAAUCAUUUUUAUUGUUAUUUAUCAUAACAACGCAAUAGCUGAAAAAUAUGGAGUUUUGAUAUUAUAUCCAACGGAGUGACAUAAUGAUGAAUACGAAAAAAUCAUAGUCAAUGGUGUAACGUAUUAAUUAACGUUGUAUAAGAAAAACAGUCAUAUUUAACGUUAUUUUGUAAUGGAAAUACAAAAACAAAUUGCAGAAACACAACUAAAACAAUAAAGCGCCUCCUUCUGCCGUUUAAAAGAAACAGUUUCGAAACUAUAAUCAAGAGAUAUGAACGAAAACAGCCACGAAAGCUUUUGGAACAUCCUAAGGUAUUUCUGAAAGAAAAAAGGAAAGAUUAGGGAAAAAGAACUGGUCGUUCAUUCAACGAAUUGAACCCAAGUGUGCGAGUGUCUUCUUCACCUUUUAAAUAAAUAAUAAAACAAUUAUUGAUUGCGUUUCGCAAGCUAUGGAGAAUUAUGAAGCCUUUAGUUUGUGUUAUCAAACUCAGCUUUUGGAUUCGUUCAUAACACAAACCUCUGGCUUCACAAUUCCUCAGAUCAUGCUCAACCUCAUUCCAUAAUUCUUCAUUUCAUCUUUGCGUCUGUACUUGACAAUAAAUAAGAGUCCAGGGUGUAAUAAGAGCUCAGAAAAUAUAACAUUCCACGUUGUUCAAUUUUAAAACUUUUAUUUGCAUUCCUGCAUUCACACAUUUGCGCGCAGAAUUCCCGCGGACUUGGAAGCGUGCCGAUUAAACAUUAACCAAAAAGAAUCGAGUUAAUUGACUCAGACAAAUAAUGUAAUUAAAAUAUGAAAAAUGAACCAGACGGACAAUAAUUGUUUCAUGUUGAAAAUUUGUGUUAAGCGGCAUGUAAACUCGACCAAACAUUAUAGCAGCCUAAUUUUCUAUAUGUGAGUGGUUCAAGUAAAAACGAAACGUUAUGUACAGCAUACGGAAAAUGAACUUUUUAAUUUUUUAAUUUAUCGAACUUUGCCGUGGUAACAAUAUUAAAAAUCAAAUUACUAUAUAUAUAAAUCAAGGCAGGAUUUUCGCCACAGCGACAGCUAAUUACUGUGGAUCCUUCUUAACAAUAUUCGAUAAAUUUGUUUACUGAACAGUAAACGGUAAUUAAAUAAUUAAAUAAUUAAAUCAACCAAUCAAUCAACGAACUGUUCAAUUGACGUGUUCAAUCAACCAAUCAAGCAGAUCAAGCAAUCGGACAUUUAAUGAUAAAAAAUAUAUUUUACCAUUGGUAAAAGCAAAACCUUCAAAAGUUUCUGAAACGUGUUCAUAUCGUAAAGUUUCUGAAACGCUCUCUGAGCGAGUUAAAAAAGUCAUUUCCGUAUACUGUGCAUAACGUUUUGUUUUUACUUGAACCACUCACUAUAUUGUCGAAGUGGCCAAAUAAAACUGGUUUUGUCUAAACUGCUUUGUCUUCAGGUCUUUUUAAAUCUCUUUAUAUAUCUGCUUCAACUAAUAUUAUUUUGACUGUUAUGAAGAUAUAUAUACUAGUAUAACAAAAAAGACUGGUUCAACAAAAUGAUGUUUUCCAACAAAGAAUGGAUAAAGGAACAAUGUGCUGUUUUGGGUGUUUAUUUUCUUUACGGAUUACCAACUUCUUAUUAACCGAAUUCGCGAGGUCCGGACAGAGAAAUAUCGGACCGAGGUAAUUUUGUACAGACUGGACCCGUAGGGCGAGGUUUGUACAGAACGGCCGUUGAAAUUUAUGGGCAUUACGCGGGGGAAAUUGACAACCCAAUACCCUUUGGGGCUGUCAAUUUCCAGUUUGUAAUAGAAAAUGACUGAAAAAGGCAAACUUCGCAAGGCUAUCUUAUCCGCAUUUUACAACAUUUCGCAACGAAACUUUAGUGGAAUAUUACUAAUUUUGUGAUGCUCCUUCAAGCUGUGAUGAAAUUUUUAUCUAGACUUGUUAUAAUGCAAAUGGUCCAUUGGAAAGCCUUGCCAUGUAAAAUUGUGGGCGAAUGGGAAAGCUCGAGUCUUGCUAUACGAAAGUCGGAAAAUGGAAAGUUCAUUGCCGAGUGCUGAGACCGAUCUUUGUUCGUUAUUAGUAGCUAUCGGCAACUUCGAAUGAAGGCAGAUUUUGUGCAAUAAUUAUGCCAACAAUAAUUAACUCCCUCUCCGGUUAUUUGAUAAUUUUUAACAAAUUAAAAUUUGUUGUUGUUCCGGAGUUAUGCUGUUCCGGAGUUAUGCUGCUCCGUGUUCCAGUGUUUCAAAUCGUCCAAUUACUUGAAAAAUGUUCAAGUACGUUGUUAUGAUCUGUUUUUAUUGAAAAAUUGUUUUUUCUGUGAAAUUAAUCGCCAAACGUUCGUGCGAUAUUUUUCGUUAAUACUUUCCGAUCUCUAUAAUUUCCUAUGCGAUCAUUUAGAUAAUCUUACGAGUGCUGAAUGAGAGGAAACAUCAUAUAUAUAUUCCAAAAUUUGUAUUCGAGUGAGCAAUGCAGUACGCGUCAAUGUGAUCAAUUUUAGGGGUAAUUUCUGAGAUUAAUUUAAAUUUAUCAGUAUACCUACAGGAGUUCAGUGUAUGAUAAUUGCUCAGAAAAUAUACAUUUUUAGGUUGUUUUCUAACUUUGGGUUUAAAUCUCUGAACGCACAUGCGUGUUCGGAGUUCACUUGGGCUCGUUUGCGUGCUGAUUCGUCUUUAAUUGGCACGACCGUGCCGAUUCUUAACCAAUCUUCAACCAACUAUUAACCACGUCUUUAACCAAUUACAAUCAAAUAAAUUGACAAAAAUUAUAUUAGUCCAAUAUUUGUUUAGUUUACAUUUUUUUUUAGCCUUUUGCUUAUAUUUGUUUAUUUCUGACAGCGAACAAGGUUCUCCGUAUUUCAUCAAAGCGAGAAACCCCGCUGGCUACGAGCCUAACAGCGACAUUUGCAGGACUCAAGAUCAAGUCCCAUGGUGCAGCGGAGUAGGAUGGACGUCCAUCGGUAUCUUGCAAAAUUAUACUACCCUGGUAAUAAUAAUAAUACAUUAACUAUAAUUCCUGCUCUGUCUUUUCGGGUGUCCUGUUAUGGGGAUUGACUAUUUUUCAGAGGAGUGGCAGAAAUUUACUUUGUAGUGGCGGGGCAAAGCAUACUGAAAUUUAAGCUAAUCGUUCUGAAUUUCUCCCAUGUAAGCGAAUAAGUAAAAAAGAUCGUGCUUUGAUAAAGCCAUGAUACUUGACGUAUUAUUGAAUUUCCUUGAGGCGACACAAAACCUGAAAAGUUUAAGAGUGCGAAACUUUGUGUACUGUGCCCGCGCACAUCCAAAUUUCAUUCCGGCCUAAACUGGCAGAAAAUCCAUUGGCCCCCAUGAACAGGGCCUUAGCGACUGUGGGGAGGUGGAACACCCCCGGAUAAUUGCUCAUGAGCUAUUUUCGGUAGAUUUUCAGGUAAAUUCAGGUAAUGGACCUUUCCCCUUAUAACUAAUCAAGACAAAAAUUUUAUCACAGCUUGAAAGACCAUCACAAAAUUAGUAAUAUUCCAAAGUUUUGUUGCGAAAUGUUGUAAAUUGCGGAUAAUAUAGCCCUGCGAAGUUUGCCGUUUUUCAGUCAUUUUGUAUUACGCACGGGAAAUUGACAGCCCAAUCGGGUGUUGGGGCAUCAAUUUCGCGUUUGUAAUACAAAAUAACUGAAAAUUGCAAAUUUCGCAGGGCUAUAUUAUCCGCAUUUUACAACAUUUCGCAACGAAACUUUGGACUAUUACUAAUUUUGUGAUGCUCUUUCAAGCUGUGAUGAAAUUUUUGUCUAGACUUGUCUAGAUCAAAAUUUUAGUUAUAUCAGAGCAUAAAAGUGACUCACUGAACUCUAUGCUCUGAAUCAGAAUUAGAGUUAACAAUCAACAACUAAAGACGUUGAGAGGCGUCAUGAAGCGUCAAAAGCAAUAUGCCCACAAUUUUUUCCCUCAGAAGGAUCGAAGUACAAAUAAUAAAAUGAAGCUUCAAUAUAGCGACAAGUGUUCCUUUGUGUGGGGGAGGAGGUUAAGACCCUCAGAAGUUCCAUUCCUAUAUGUACAACAGUGGCAAGUGAACGCCUUAGUAGGCACCCUAUCCCAAAUACGGUAGUUAUGGUUGUUUCGUCUAUUAUCUGCUAGUUUUCCUGCUAAAGACGAUCUUAAUACUGAUGUGAUUUUAAAAAUGUGUAGUAAAACUUUUAAAAUUAUUUUUAGGGUAAUUGGAGUUAUGAAAGUGAAAUUUGGACUGCAAAAGGAAUCAAUCGGGGCUUCUUGAAUUCGCAAUUUUGGAGUGCUAAUGUCACUGAGAUUUGUCUAACGUCAGUGGUAUUUAAUAUUCAAAUUCCUGUGGCAGCCCCCUCAUUACGCAGCUUGUUUUUCGAAAAGACAAUUCUGAACAUGACAUCACAGCAAUGGAUCGACUCUCUUGUACAGCCUGCAACCCCAAUGUUUACACCAGGAUGUUUUGAAAUUGGUUUUAACGUGGGAAAUGAAAGUGGAGCUUCACCUCGUGCUCGUAUAGGAAUUGUCUCCACACAUGGCGCAGGUAAGCAAAACUUUGAAGUUACAGAAAUCCUAAAAAUGAUUCACAACCGAUUGACAAAGGACUCGCGUGAGAGAACCGACCUUGCUUGAGUGGCAAGCGAUAUUUGAGGUGAGGAAUACAAAGCAUUUGAGUUGUCAGGGCAGCUGCGUUCCCUUGCACUCUUGUUGGUCGGCAUAUUUAUUUGGAAUUUUUCAAAUUUUGGAUUGACGGGGAAUGAAUAUAACAAUAGUGUUGAUGUUUACGGGCAUAAAUAUCUAUCGGGCUCGAGUCAGCUAUGCUCAUUUUGGUCCGAGUGUAGGGAGUCGCGACGCGGUUAAAAUGAGUAUUGAGGAGGGUUAAAACAUAUUCAUUGCCCAAGAACAUCAACUACAAAUUUAUUACUAUUAUAGUAAUUUGCGGAUUAUAGUGCAAAAAUGGGAAAAUAAUAGACGGGAAACUGCUCUAUUGUUUCGCCUUAAUUCCGGUUACCAAUUAUUUCGUUGUCUUCACUACAAACUCGUUUUAUAUAAGCAGAAAAAUAUGAACCGUUCUCAAAAAACAAAAAGAAGAAUUGAAAAUUAGUUUACACAAUUGAUGACGUGAUUGUUUUGUAUAAAAAUGAAGCUAGUUUCAGUUGUUAAAUCUAAACGAACUAUGCAUCAAUGUACACUCGCACUGUGUAUUUAACCAGUGCUGCAAAACCAAUCAGCAUGAAUUGUUUCGGGAAUGGAUUAUAUAGCUCAGUUAAUUUUGCAAAACUGUUCUUUGUUCUCCUUUUUAGUGCAAAUUUCCCAUACUAUACCAAUUCCUGUUAUUGGCUCCGGGAUAAUAUAUUUCGGAUUUUGCCUCUAUCUAACGUAUUUUUUUACUAAGUUCGUCCAAGUGGAAGAAAUCGAAAUGCUGACCGGCACAGAAAAAGCUAGAGUAGACAUCUCCUUUCACUUCAGACGAGAAAUUUAAAAUCUAUACGUCAGUAUUUGACUACUUUAACAGCGGAUCAAACAAGACUGAGAGUGCAUCAAAGUUGGCAGUCACCCAAUCUUACCUAGCUUAUAACAUUCCCAACAAUGUCUUUUAUUUUUUUCAAAUUAAAACGCGGUUAGACCACUAACCAAUCCUUAAAUUUUUUAAUCUAUUGCAUCAAAAAUCCACUCUGACAAGUCUAUCUAUAAAUAUGAAACAACAAAAUGCGACGCAUUGAUUGAGAUGUUUUUUUAAUCAGGUUCCUUCUUAUUGGUAGAAAAGGCAAUCAACAGAGCUAGUACAUACUAGAAAUACAUGCAUGCAGAAACCCCUCGCCUUGCUAGAAAGCUUAUAAAAUUCCCAACAAUGUCUUUUAUUUUAUUCAAAUUAAAACGCGGUUGGACCAGUAACCAAUCCUUUAUUUUUUAAUCUAGAGCAUGAAAAGUCCACUCUGGCAAGUCUAUCUACAUAAAUAUGAAACAACAAAAUGCGACGCUUUGAUUGAGAUGUUUUUCUAAUCAGCUUCCUUUUCAUUUUGUUAGAAAAGUCAAUCAACAGAGCUAGACAUCAGACUAGAAAUACAUGCAUGCAGAAACCCCUCGUUUGCUUGAAAGGAAAGAACUGAAAGCUUGAAAAGCGCUAAAUUUUCCUGAAACAGGAACGAUAUGAAGUGGCUGUCAUGGUAACACGAUCACUGUAUUCUUUUUUCAUAUUUUUUAAAAAUUGAAAAAAAACGGCUACGCUUGAAAUUAUCACUUUCAAUUAAGAAAAUUAUCAAUUUCCCAAAUGCAUACGAUAGGUAUGUUACUAUAUGCAUAAUAACACACUAUCGUGUACAUUCAAGUUUCAAUUUAAUGGAAAAUUUCGCAACUUGCGCUUCGCAAAACGUUUUAAAAAGUUCGUAAAACUAAAGUGCUUUUAUCGAUAAACUUUGAGUUUCGACUUUCAAAUAACUAUUAUGCUAUUCUCUCCUGAAAAUAACUUCGCUUUCUCUCUUAAUUUGAACGAUCUAAAUUGAUAAAAAGGGCAAUUUACGAAAAUAAUGCAAUGAAAAUGUUGUAUUCAAUGCAUUAUUGCCACUAAUGCAAGUAUUCAACAGAUCCACUCCCGAAAUUCGCCAUACGUUUGAGGUCAGUGGGAGGCCCACCUAUGAAACAUAAUUACGCGCCCGCGAUCAUUGAUAAAAUUUUGACCUUUCCUUUCACGGGUAUACCCGAGAGGAAUUACUUCCAUUGCUUCCCCGGGCUUACGCCUUGUAACGGCACUUCACGCCGCUCGCUCGGGGAUUAUGUAUGGAUCAGCUAUACCGGCCCGUUUUUUUGGCCGGUAAAAUAUAGCGCGCUGUAUGUUGGAAAAGUCCUUCGUCUCAAACAUUGACUACCGGAAAUUCCUUACUCUUUCGUAAAGUAGGCUACUUCGUCUAAAAUUCCUUCGUUUCGGGUGAAGACGAAGAACUUUGCGAAAAACUACACUCUCGUGCAAAAAUUAUAGAGACAUCUAAGUUAUUGCCUCCCCCCCACAAACAAUGUUGAACAAACGAUAUAAAAGUAUAAAAGCCAGGUCAAAUUUUUUUUCAACGGUUAAUAGAAGGGACGGGGGAGUAAUGACAGGAAUAGAACGAUGUAUCAAAAGUCUCAUUAUUUUUGCACGAGAUUGUAGGUAUACAAUAACAAUUAGCAGAUAUUUAAAUUUUGUCAGACAGUUUAUUAUUUCAAUAUUCACUGAAGUGUAUAAUUUUUGCUCAUAAUGACCAUUGCGUGAUCCUGGUAGUAACAGAACAUGCAUUUGUAGAAGAAUCCAAGAUGGCGGACAGCUAAAUGAUUGAAUUUAUUUCUGUCAAAAUAUUUCAAGAGCCAAGAAAACACUUGAAAAGCGUUGCACAUAACUUAAAAAAUUGAUUCAAAUAAGGGAAAUUACUUUCGAUUUCCAUACCUCUUUUACGCAAUUUAUACUAAUAUACCAUAUAUGCAUUGGAACAUCUUUCAGGACUUAACCAUGGUAGUUAUUAUGAUCUUAAAUCACAUAAAUACUGCCUCCCUACUUGUGUGCUAUAACCGAGUACAAAGCAGAUCCAGAAAAAAGGAUUUUUACUAAAUAUUUUGAAUAGAAACGUGAAGUUUACCUCCUGGCUUCCGUGUGCUGAUUUUUACUGUUCACUAUCAUUAUAAUUAAUCUAGGUUGCCCUGAAGACAUAUUUGCUUUGGGGGUAGGACUACGUGCUCCUGGAAUAAUAGGCAGCUAUCAUGGAUAUUACAGCAACCAAGACGCUAAUUCAACUGGACGCGUAUUCGUUUAUGUCCGCUCAAGACCUGUCGAUGAAGCAUCGUCAACCACGGGUCCACCAACAACGGGACCACCAACCACAGGACCAACCACUGGAACAACAGCGGGAUCAACCGCUGGACCAACUACGGGACCAACCGCUGCACCAACCACUGCACCAACCACGGGAACAACCGCGGAAUCAACCGCUGGACCAACUACGGGAACAACCGCGGGACCAACCGCUGCACCAACCACGGGAACAACCGCGGGAUCAACCGCUGGACCAACUACGGGAACAACCGCGGGACCAACCGCUGCACCAACCACGGGAACAACCGCGGGAUCAACCGCUGGACCAACUACGGGAACAACCGCGGGACCAACCGCUGCACCAACCACGGGAACAACCGCGGGAUCAACCGCUGGACCAACUACGGGAACAACCGCGGGACCAACCGCUGCACCAACCACGGGAACAACCGCGGGAUCAACCGCUGGACCAACUACGGGAACAACCGCGGGACCAACCGCUGCACCAACCACGGGAACAACCGCGGGAUCAACCGCUGGACCAACUACGGGAACAACCGCGGGACCAACCGCUGCACCAACCACGGGAACAAC